GGUACUAGCUUCGUUUUGAUUGACGUCACACAAGAUCCGAGGGUUCACAGCUAAGUAUCUAGGUACCUACCUCGUAUCUUAUUGAAGCCCGCCUUAUCCAUCGUUCUUAUUAGACGCAUCAUCAGACGCAUCAUCUUCGUACCUAUCUUACAUUCCAGUUGGUCUUCCCCUCUUCGAGAGUAAGCCAGUAAAGAUUCGUGUGCAAAAUCUUAUACCAGGUACCUGAGGUCCUCAUCUGUCACGCUUUAAGAUUUAUUCCGAACUUCACCAAGGCCUCUCAUAUAUCACAAAAUAACUUCGUAACUGUUGCGCCUUGUCACGAUUGUUUGGAUUUUCCCUCUUUAUAUCCACACAGUGAAAGAUUUACUACGUAAGGUAGCAUUAUUAAGCUACCUACCUGGUAGGUAAUCUUGUGGACUGGUUGGUUACCCUGAUAGAACGUACCUCAAGAGCUUGUUUAUAUUAGGUACUGCCAAUAUAAGACAGCUGGCCACCUAUCUUACGCUUAUAUCUUACACUUAUCCAUAUUACAACUUCAAGCGCCUUUCUACGAAUCGUAUAUCAUCGUAUAUCAACCAAGUCAUUGAACUGAUAAACAGAUACUCCGCUUCAACAUGACAGCCACUAUUAUCAUUACCGGGGCAAACGGCUCUGUUGCUAUUCCUGCCGUAAAUCAUCUUUUAACCAAAUAUCCGGACUACACAGCCGUUCUAACCGUCCGCAACACUGAAAAUACGGAUCCCAAUACAAAGAAGCUACACGAGACGAUUGCUAAGUUUCCUAAUGCUCAGACAUCGAUCCGCCAGCUCGAUCUAGCCGAUCUCUCCGCCGUACACAAUUUUGCAAACACCAUCGCUACUGAGAUCUCGGAAAAGAAGCUACCUCCGCUUGCCAGCAUCGUGUGCAAUGCUUACUAUUGGAAUUUGAAUGGCGAUUCAGAGCUCACUGCAGAUGGAAUCGAGAAGACAAUCCAGGUGAACCACAUUUCUCACGUUGCCAUAGUCCUUCGACUACUUGGUAGCUUCAGACCGGAAGGUGGCCGUAUUAUACUCUUCACCAGCAAUGCCCAUUUUCCCGGCAAGAAUAGCCUGGAGAAGUACCCGCCAGCCAUCGCAGUCGAUUUAGAUGCUUUAUUGCAUACCACUCCAUUUUCCGACAAGUUAGCAGGAGGCAUGCAUAUUUACGCAAAUUCCAAGUUGGCUAUUCUCAUGUGGGGAUACGCGCUGAAUAGACACCUCGAGAAAGACGAGAAGCUGCGCAAUAUUACAGCGAUAAUAAUUGAUCCUGGCAACUUGACUGACUCGCGUGCUCUGCGCACGAACACCCCUCUAUUCCUCCGGGUUGUCCAAAGGCUUGUGCUUCAACCUUUGCGGCCACUCAUUCGCCUCACAGACCCAAGCUAUCGUACAGCGGCAGAUGCAGGGAUAGAUGUAGUAGACCUUGCUACGAACAAUGUCCAUCCAGGAGAGCGUGGCUAUCUCCUCACGUUGAAAAAGGAGCCCAGUUCCCCCGAUAGUUAUAACGAAGAUACGCAGGAAAAACUGUGGGUUAAGAGCGCCGAAUGGGCAAAGAUCACUAAAGAGGACACCGCCAUUUCAAUUAUAUGAACGUCGCACAUCUGGGAAUAGAGAGAUCAGGGGAGCAAAUGUUUGAUGUUUAAGCGGGGUGUUUAAGAAUGAAGUUGUCGAAUCACAAAUUUGAUUUCCAAAUACCAGCGGACAAUUUACAUCUAAGGGAAUUCUUGGGAUUUUACGUGUACGAUAGGAGCAAGGGCUACUGAAUAAGCGUCGUUCAAUCCAGUGAGAUACCUAAUGCAAAGAUCAUUCUACUCAAC